AUGAGUAACGCGGAGAUCCAUGAUUUGACGGAUAGCGACCGGGAAGAUGGCAAGCUGAUCAUAAGUUCCAUGAACUUUCAGCGCUUGAACUACAGGCCGGGGAGCAGUGGAAGCGACAACCGACUGCGGAUUCCCAUUCCCAUUAAGAGGCGACACCUCGGGCAAGACGACUACCCGAACUUCGAGAGGCAGUACAUACAGAACAUCAACAUCCCGACCGCCGCCAAGACGGAGAGCGACGCGGACGGCGUGGUCCAAAACCAAGACGACAAUUAUCACUUCCUGAUGAGCUUGUUGCCGUACCUGCGCGAAGUGCCGAAAAACCGGAAAAUGGUGAUCCGGCACAAGUUGCAGAAAGUGUUCGUCGAGGAACAGGAGCGGAAAAGCGUCGGCAGAAGCGCCCCGCCGAACAACCCCGGCUUCAAUCAUUUCCAGCAGCCGUUCGCCCGCGCGUUCGUGCCGGAUCCGCCUCAGCACCACGUGCCGCAGACCCCGAGACAUCCGCCGCCGCCGUAUCCGGUUUACAAGCAGGAAGUCGGCUACAACAACUACGUGCCGUCGGCCACGGCGGCGUCGAUGCCUCUGCAAAACGCCAGCGCCUCGACGUCCACGGCCUUGGGCGAUCUUCUCGUCCAGCAGCAGCAGCAGCAGCCGAUCCUGCAGCAAUUCGCGGCGCCGACCGGACAUCAGCAACUGCAGUCGUACGCCAACAGCAACAGCAGCUUUUCCAGCUACGCCGCCACCGCCGCCUCCGUCGCCAACAACAGCAGCAGCAGCAGCGGCUUUUCCAGCUACGGCGCCACCGCCGCCUCCGCCGCCAACAAUGCCAACAACAACAACAACAACAACAGCAGCAGCAGCAGCAGCGGCUUUUCCAACUACGUCGCCACCGUCGCCGCUGACAACAACAACUUUUCUAACUACAGCUCCGGCGCCGCCGCCACCGCCACCGCCGAGGUCAUCAACGACGGCUUUUCUCACUACAACUCGACCGCCGCGGACAACAGUACUUACACUUAUCAGUCGGCGGUGACCGGGGAACCGCAGACCAUCACGUACUUGCAAUGA